AUGAGACACGGAAGUGACGAAUGACACCAGUAAAAUGUCAGUGAACCGUUAUUUAUCACGACUUAAGAUUCUUAAAUAGUGAUCCUGAGCUGGAAUGUUUGAAAAUAUAACUGGAAACUCAGUUAUUCCUAUACUUUUCCUGUUCAUGAGCUGAGUAAAGAACUGCCUCAUAUCAAGAUGAGCUCCUCAGCGGCAGCACAGAUGAUGAGGCAAGCAGACGCUGUAAAGAAUACAAUGACAGAAUCUGGCAAAGCAUUUUCUGAUCUUUGGGUGACUAGACAAAAAUUAGAAGAUCUGUACAAGAAGAUGCUGCUGCUGGAUUUGGAAUAUGCCCUUGACAAGAAGGUGGAACAAGAAUUGUGGAAUCAUGCAUUUAAGAACCAGAUCAAUACACUGCAAUCACAAGCUAAAGAUAGACAGAAUCCCAAAAAGGUAGAGGCCCAAGCCAGCUUGAAUCUUUUUCUUGAAACAGCCAGUGGUUUUUACUUGCAGUUUCUUCAAAUGAUUUGCUCUACCUUCAAAUUGGAUCUUCCCUUCAGGCGCAAAUCUGCUGCAUUUGGUAUUAUGCGAGAGAACACAAUGAACUACAAAACAAUUGUCACUCCCAAAAAGAGUUCCUGUCUUUAUAUUUGUUGUCACUGCUUAGUUCAUCUGGGAGAUCUCGCACGUUAUCGUCAGCAGACAGAACAGGCCCAGACCUACUACAGACAUGCUGCUAAUCUUUCUCCAAAUAAUGGCCAACCUUACAAUCAGUUAGCCAUCUUGGAAGCCUCAAGGGGAGAUAAGCUGUCCACUGUGUUUUAUUAUGUGCGCAGUCUUGCUGUCAGACAUCCUUUUCCUGUGGCAGCAACAAAUUUAGAAAAAUUCUAUUCUAAGCUCAUAAAAGACAUGCGUUCAGACUUUGAUGGUCCUAAUUUGACAAUGAGUGAAGUCAUUACUGCCUUUAUGCACUUCCAGGCUUUAUUGCACAUGUCCACAGGUCUAGAUAGAGCUUCAAACUUAAAGACAAAAAUUGUGGUUGGUCUGGGAAAUCACAUCCGAGGGCAGAGUGUCUCCGCUGCUCACUUAACUGGCAUUGUGGCUAUUUCCAUCUUUGCUCUCCAUAGAGCUAGGUUUGACACAAGUGAAUCUGGAGAAUCUGUGAAGAAAACUUUGCUGUCUAGUGAAGAGGAAAAAAUUGUACAAAUACAUCUUAGUUUUAUUGUCAAACUUUUGGAAACACUGCUUCAACACACUCCCAAGGAAGAUGGCAAAGCCAGGGAUUUUCCCACACUGUCAGCUAUCAAAGUGUUAUUUGAUUGGUUGUAUCUGAAUAAAGAUCUUUUACAAGGAAGAGAGUUCAAUAACACAAGCAUUUGGUCAGAUUUGUGUAAACUAUUGAACACAUUGCAGUGGUUGCUGAAUGAAAACAACAAAGCUUCAGAUUUCACUAAAUAUGAGGAUACACCAUUACCAGAAGAUACAGAUCUGAGAUGUUUUCAACCAUUGGAACCUACGUACAGCAAUUUCAACUUCAACAAAGCCCUAAAUGAAGACCUGAGUGGGGCUUGUGAGAGGGAUCUCCGCUGUCAGCGACUUUUAGCUCAUGGCAAGUGGUUGGCUCAAGAUCUCCCCAAACUUAAGUUGGUCAUCUACCAACCAACCAAGUCUAUCAGAACUCAGUUUUCCACACAGAAAGUUGCACAGAACACUGAUAGUCCAACCCUUCCUUCCCAAAAGUCAUCUCAGCGACAAAAUGUGGCAAUGCAGACUAUCAUGAAGAAACAGAUGCAGAAAAGAAUGGAACAAACUAAAAGCUCAACAAGUACUAGUCCUCUAUCUGUGAUAUCAGAGGAGGGUAAAUAUGCAACACCAGAUACUACCCCCAGGGCUACUCCAUCAGUAGUAGGUCAAGAUGCUGUACAUCAGUCCACCAAUCAGAAGCAAGCCUCUGGCACUAGACAGGCUGGAGUUAUUAACAUACAUCACAAAGGCAGUAACCAGAAGAACUUGCCUCCCAGACUGUCAGCUAAAGUCGCAGGAGCACACAAUUCAAAUCUGAGUCCAAGACUUCAAAAGAAGUUAGCUCCCAACACAGCAAGAAAUGCAAAUAAUGCUGUUGUCAUGCAGUCAAAUAAAACUGAAAUUUUAGAUGCCAAUAAAGACGGCAGUAAAGAUGCACUGUCAUUCAUAGAACAAGAUUCCUAUCCCAGUCUUAAUAUAGAUAACUACCCUGCAUUACCUAGCCAGAGAAACCCUGCAUCAUUGAUACCUGUAGAUGGUGCUUCCAGCCAAAAGAACUUUCUUGCCAGCCCUCAGUGGGGAGUGUUAAAUCUUGGCAGGGAUUCUACAAGCACUUCUACAACCAAUCCACUCUUGGCAAUGGGAAACAGUGCCUCUUCCCCAUCCCUUGACAGCACAUCAGAGUCAACCCAUUCUCCCCAACCCUCACCAAGGAUGAUUUCACCCUUCUCAGUUCCAGACCAGAACAUAAGGCCAAUGGAGCAGUCCAUGCUGGAUCAGGGUAUGUCAGGCCUGAGUGCUGACUUUCUGUCAGCUAUUAGGUCAGCGAGCCAGAUCAUUCAGCAGCAACAACAGCAACAAAGUUUUCAUGCCAUGCAACAGCUUCAGCAAAAUUUGGAUCCGCAGUCACAGUUUCAGCGACCACCAUACCUAAACCAGCAGCAGUCUAACCAAGGGAUGAGAAAUCCUCUGAACUUUUUCUCUAAUCAACCAUCUAUGAACCCUAACAACAGUUUAUAUAAACAGACUGCCAGUAAUCCUGUCCCUGCAAACAAUACCCAAAACUUAGGCCAGAAUGCUAAUCCAUAUUCAUCUAGUUUAAACCAAAGUCUCAAGAUGAAUUCACAAUCCUCAUUGGGAAAUUUGAAUAUCCCACCACCACAAAGGGGCCCUCCAUCAUUGAUGCUUGACUCCAGACAAGCCAGUACAUCCCCUGUCAGAGGUUAUCAGGCUUCUAGAGUGGACGUCUCUUCAGAACCGUAUAUGACUAACUCAUCAGUGUCCUUGGCUCCAGUUGGAUUUAUUCCCCCAACAGCUGCAAGCCAAACUCAGCCAACUGGACUAGGUAAUCCUAACUUCAACUCUUCACUUAGGUCUGGUGUACCUGUUGGGGCUGGAAGAGCUGCUAAUACUAGUCAGCAGCAUUCAUUUCUAGGAGGAGGAGCAGGAAGUUCCCAUCUGAACAGCCAGAACUAUGUUCCUCAGCAGAUGUCUACCAUGAAGCCCCAACAGUCUGGUGUGUUGUAUAAAAACAUCCCACUGCCUGGUACUGCUAUUAAUGGAAUGGGUGGCUCUAACAAUUUAGCAAGUCUCUUCAUGUCCGGACAAAAUUUAUCACAAGGUCAGUCCCAUGGUUCACUACAACAGCAAGGCUACAAUAGAGGAGGACAACCCAGUAACAGUAAUCUAAUGCAAGACUCAAGGCUUUCCAGUAGUUUUCUUGGCCAUGCUGCUGGAACACCUAAACCUGAAAAACAGAAUGCAACUCCACAAUUUAAUCAUCAGCAACACCCAAUGAAACAAGCCACUAACAAUCAGCAGUCAAUGAUACGUGCUGUGAUGGAUCCACCAUUUCUGCAGGCCAGUGGGGAGUACACUUUGUUUAGCAAUAACAACAUGCCAGGAUGGCCCACAUCACUGGUCAAGACAACCCCUAACCAGAUAAUGAAGGGAGCACCAGGGAAAGGCUCAGGUUCUAGUGGUCUAAUGUCUUCAAAUCAGAUGAUGUCUAGUGCUGGCCAUUCUGAAACUGGAACUAAUUUACAGGGUUUAUGGUCUAACACUGGACCAUCUCCUCUAGAAAGACUCCUAGAACAACAGCGAGGUCAGAGACAAACUGAUGGCUGAGUAGUCUUAGGGUAGAAGUCACUUGGAUGACAGAAAUGACCUGAUUCUUCUAUUAGUCCAUAGACGGACACUUGAGAAAACUGGCUUGCAAAAAGUAUGUAGCUGACCGAUCAACUGACCAGUGUGCAAAGUAUUUGAUCAGGCUGCAAUGCUUUUCUUUUCAAAUGUAUUGUAAUCUCUCAUUGAGCCCACUAGCGCACUAGUUACCUUCAGAAUGGGACAAAGUGAGUUGGAAUGGUAGACAGAUAUUGUCAAUAAAGGCUUACUAAUUCAAUGAAGAUUUACUCGAUGGUUAGUUGGGCAAAUGUUAUGCCUGGCAGGAAUUGUUCAGUUUGAUGUGGGUCUCUCUUUUUUUUUUCUCUAUAUUUUUAUCUUCAUUAUUGUGAAGUUGUUUUGGACUGAGAUGUGAGAACACUUCAUUGAUUUCAACACCACUGUAUACACACAAGUAUAGUGUGCUGAGGUCAUGGCCUCAAGUCUUCCACUGCUGUAUCUAAUGGAAGACAAAUCUUUUGCGUUUUAAUGACACUUGUGUAGAUAAUCAUUAUGUGAGAUUCUGACCCUUUUAUUUUGUUCAUGUCAAGCAAUGUAAAUAGGAUAAGAGCUGCUAGCACUGCUGUGUUGUGCAUGAGUCCAGUAAUUCUCUGUGCUAUUGCCAGUGGCUGGUAAUGUCUGCACCUCAAGUUCUUUUUGAACCCUUCCUUCUCUAGCCCUGUAUCUUGCUAUUUUUUAAUUAGAAACAUUUUUUUUUUAUCUAACUGAUCUUAUUCUAUAUAUCACAAAAGUAAAUUAAAGAACUGGAUCUUUUCUAGCUAGAGUUUUUUUCCUUCACUUCUUUGAGACAAAGUUCAAGAAACUUUCAAGUCUUGAAAGUUACUGGUUUUAUUUGAUUCAUGUUUUGUUUAUUGUAAAGAAAAUGAUAUUUAUUGGAUAAGGAGAUAAUGGAUUUAAACACACUAUGAUUAGUUGCAAUAAAUUCAGAGACAAAUG